UCCCCUCUCCUCUCCUCCCCGGCCUCACCUUGCCCGGCACGCCGCGGUGGUCGGUGCUGCCCUGCCAGAAGCGGCGGCUGUAGCCCUGGAUGCGCCCCACCAUUUUCUCCUCUUUGUCAGACACAAGGAUGGAUUUCACAGAGGCCUAUUCCGAUCGAUGCUCUGCUGUGGGACUUGCGGCCAGAGAAGGAAAUGCUAAAAUGCUGAGGAAACUAAUUAAGCAGGGGUACAGCAUCGAUGUUGCGGAUAACAGGGGGUGGAUGCCGAUCCAUGAAGCAGCAGCUUGCAAUUCGAGUGAAUGUUUGAGGCUGCUAAUUCAUGCAGCUCCAUCUGAUGACUACAUCAAUUCAAAGACAUUUGAAGGGAACUCUGCACUGCACCUGUCAGCAUCCCAUGGAUCUUUUGAAAGUGUUUGUGUUCUUUUGGAAGCUGGAGCUGACCCCAAUGAAGUUACCAACGAAGCAACUACUGCACUGUUCCUAGCUGUUCAAAAUGGACAUGAAGACAUUGUAAGGUUUCUGCUCCAACAUGGAGCAAAUGUUAAAGGACCUCAUUCUUUCUCUGGAUGGAAUUCUUUGCACCAAGCUUCCUUUCAGGGUUGCACUGAGAUAAUGAAAAUACUCCUGGAGAAAGGGGCAAGCAAAGAAUGUAAGGAUGACUUUGGAAUUACGCCUUUGUUUGUUGCUGCUCAGUAUGGAAAGCUGGAGAGUUUAAGACUGCUUGUAUCCUAUGGUGCAGAUGCAAACUCUCAAGCCAAGGACAGAGCCACUCCCUUGCUGAUUGCCUCUCAGGAGGGACACACGGAAUGUGUGGAACUGCUGCUGGCAAAAGGGGCAGAUCCAAAUCUCUACUGCAACGAGGAAAAUUGGCAGUUACCUAUUCAUGCAGCAGCUGAAAUGGGCCAUAAAAAGAUACUGGAGUUGCUAAUACCAGUUACUGAUCGGAUUUGUGACAAAGGCAAAGGCAAAGUGAGCCCUGUGUAUUCAGCAGUAUAUGGUGGUAAUAAAGAAUGUCUGGAAAUCUUACUUAGAGAAGGCUACAGUCCAGAUGCUCAGGAGUGCCUUAAUUUUGACUGUAGAUCACCCAUGUGUAUGGUCUUCCAGAAAGAGUUUUUUAAUUUCAUUGAUAUUUUCCUGAAAUAUGGCAUCACCUUACUUGGGAUUAAUUUGGGAUACUGCCUGUUCCAUGAAAAGUUUGCUUUGUUUCAACGCUUCUUGAAGCUGGGCUGUUUACUGCCUGCUGGGGACCAGUUGUCAGAGUUCCUAAGUUACACAGUGAAAGCACAGGAGAAGUACAAGGAGUGGCUGCCAUACCUGCUCCUGGCUGGUUUUAAUCCAGUGAAUUUCCUGCGCAGAGUCUGGAUUUUCUCUGUGAGCGAGAAUGUCCUCAAUUUCAUCCUGGAGUUCACAAACUGGAAAAGACUUCCUCCAGCUGUAGAGCAAGACCUUACAGAUUACAAAGAGAAGUUCUCUUGGACUCCCAAGAGCCAUUUUGCCUUUAUUCCUUCCCUUUCUCAUCUUUGCCGUCUUGCGAUCCGCUCCAUGUUAUCGAGCGAACGCCUGCGAUCAGACCGGUUUAUCCGGGAACUGCCAUUGCCAGCUUGUCUCCAGGACUACCUCCUCUACUUAGAUGUCCUUCGAGUCAGUGGUGUCCCAGAAGCAGAGGAUUACCUGGAGCAGAGAGAGGAGGGAGCUUCCUCUCCCAAUCCAUCACUCCAAUGCUGAAGAUGCUGACA